CAAUUUUAGCCGUACCAGUAUCAUUCGUGUUGGUCUCAGCUGUUCCGGAGUAUCGCCCGAUGUGUACAGACUUGAAAGGAAGAGUUCAGUUAUUGGUUCAGUUUCAAGUAAUCUAUACAAUGUGACCAUAAAGACCUCGCUGAGCCGUCACCAUAUUACAGUAAUCGAGCGACUGCGAAGCUGGUUUGACGUGUUUCUGCAAGACAAACAUAACCUCGAGAGUAAAGUGGGUUUUCCCAAUAAACGCGCGCGCAGGUUCAACCACUUCAACGGACAAGAAUCCGCCAGCAAUGGAGCAAACUAAUUCUUUUCUUUUAGUUUUGGCAGUCGUUGUGGCUGCUAAUGUAGCUUUGCUAAGUGCGGACACAACUCGAGUGAAGGUGGAUGUGUACUAUGAGCACCUGUGUCCGGAUAGUAUCCGUUGGAUAAGCGAUCAGCUGGGGCCGAGUUAUGAUGCUCUGCGGGAUAUCAUUGACAUCGAUUUCAUUCCAUUUGGCAAAUCAGUGAGCAUCAACAAUGGCGAAUCCUUCGAGUGCCAGCAUGGUCCGCUGGAGUGUGAGGGUAACCGGAUUCAAUCAUGCGUUCUGAACUACAUUCCGGAGCAAGAUCGACAGGUUUCGUAUGUGGUUUGUCAGAUGAACUUCAAUGCAGAUCCGCGCGGUUAUGAGUGUGCUUUCCGAUCUGGAGUCAAUCUAAUUUCUGCGCAAGCCUGCGUGGAAGGUGAUCUUGGCCGGCAACUUCAGCUUCAAGCAGAACGUCGUACUCAGCUGAUUGCUCCUAGCUUUGUGCCAACUAUUGUGUUCAAUGGACAAUUCGAUCAAUCGCUGCAAGAUCGCUCGUUGAAUGAUUUCCUUGGAGUUAUGUGUGAGCUUAGUAAUAAUGCAAUUGCUGCCUGUUAGUACUUCUAUCAACCUAGUUGUUUUGGACCACUGUGAUUCACCAGGACGCGACAGUAUACAGCUUUGAAUAAAUUUUAUGUAUGAAACUCUCAACUAAA